AUGGAGGACCGCAGCUCAACGGUACCCAGGCACGUGGGCUGCCAUGUGCUUCCAAACACCCCUCUGUUCAGUCGGCUCCUCCGAUACGCCAGCCGGACGCCCCCGCGCAUCGCCAUCGAGGAUGCCCGUAUGCAGCUGCGAAAGACUCACCUUGACCUGCUCUCGGAUGUCUUGGCCUUGCGAAACACCCUUCUCCGUACCCUGGAUCGCCGAACAUGCCAAUCGCUGGAAAAGAGGGGCGAGGUGUACAUGGCCAUCGUAGCACCAGGUGGCUACGAGUAUACCGUGGCAAUGCUCGCGGUACUGGCGCUUGGAGCGGCCGCAGUGCCCAUGACGCCUGCGCUGCCUGUCGAAGAAGCUGUCUACUUUGUUGAAAAGUCAAGAUCAGCGCUUGUCCUUGCCAGCUCUGCAGACAUUAGCAAGUGCCGCGCCUUGGAACAGCGCAUUUCUUCUACAAGCAACCCGCAGUUUCAAGUAGUGCCAAUCGGACCGUUCGCCUCACCUCCAACGCUUGGUGCGGAGAAUGUAGUCAUUUCCUCGGAUCGCGCCUUGGAGGAAAAUGCGCCCGCUGUCGUCAUUUUUACAAGUGGCACCACUGGACAGCCCAAAGGCGCCGUGAUGCGGCGAUCUUACGUCUUCGACUGUGCCUUGUCGGUAGCAGACCAUUAUCGGUUGACUGAAGACGACGUCAUACUGCACCUGCUGCCAGUACACCAUGCAGCAGGCGUCGGCAUUAACUUUUUCCCAUUUCUCAUUUCUGGAAGCCGCAUAGAGUUCCGUAGCGGGGGUUUCGACGAGGCUUGGACAUGGGGGCGCUGGAAGGAGGGGGCAGCUAGUCUAUCAAGGCGGCUGACGUUCUUCUCUGCGGUUCCGACCAUGUGGAUGCGGAUGAGGCGUUACUAUGAGCGUCAUUUGAGCAAGCUGCCUGCGCACGAACUGGGUCCAUACAUUGCAGGCGCACGCCAGUUCCGAGCCUGUCUGUGCGGUACAUCAGCAUUACCCCAGCCACUAAACGACUUUUGGGCAGACCUCAUGCAGCAGAGGAUUAUGCAGAGAUACGGCGCAACGGAGUUUGGAGCAAUCUUCAAGAUGCGCCUCGGAGACAAAGAGACUCCUGAUGGCUCGGUAGGCCAACUCGUCAGCGGUGUGGAUGUGAAGCUAUCUGAAGGCAGCGAAGGAGAGAUACUCGUCAAGAGUCCGCAUAUGUUUAUGAAGUACCUACGUGAUCUAGAAGCUACAGCGAGCGCCCACGAUAAAGACGGAUACUUUAAGACUGGCGAUCUCGCACGCAAACAAGGAAAGUAUUACUUCAUCAUCGGCCGAGCGUCUCUCGAUAUCAUCAAAUCAGGCGGCUACAAGAUCUCCGCGCUAGACAUUGAAAGAGAGCUGCUGAGCUUGCCAUAUAUUGCCGAAGCCAUGGUCGUCGGUGUGCCAGAUGAUGAGUUCGGGCAACGCGUCGCGGCGCUUGUGUCGCUGCAAGAAGAGGAUAUGGCAAUUGCUUCUUUGGAUAAAGAGUCCAAUGCUGCUGCACGCUCGUUGAGUCUCGAUAGGCUUCGCCAGGACCUUCGUGGCAGACUGGCGGGAUACAAGAUACCGACGCUUCUGCGCGUGGUAAGCGGUGAGCUGCCCAAGACGGCGACGGGAAAAGUCCAGAAAAAGACACUGGGUCCACGCUUCUUUCUGAUGGAUGGGCGUGACUGUCACGAGGUACAGGUUUGGAACCCGGAUGCGGAGAGGCGGCUGGCUAAGCUGUGA